ACAAAAACAUAGAAUAUUAGUUAUUUCCAGGCAAUUAAAAGAUUGAGUUAAUUGGUUUCAAUAAAUUUGGUACAAUUCCAUUUGACGAAAAAUGGAGAAGCUACUAAUUAAACUUUAUGUAAAGCCACGUUUGUAUUUGACUCCAAAAGCUAGUAAAGAUUAGACACUUAGUAACACACUAACAACUUCUUUUUCUAAGAAAUGUCCAAAUGUUUGAGGGCAGGGGUGUUGUCUUCCCCUUUAUAUAGUGAGACACACAACACCACCACUUACCAUUUUAACUUUAAUUUUGUUUUAUUUUUUGACAAAGAAAAAAAUCUAGCUUUGAGCUAUGGAGAUUGUGAAGGCACUCUUGACCAUUGUUCUUCUUGGUAUUUUUGUCUUGGUUGUUCGUUUGUACAAUGUUCUGAUUCUGAAACCAAAGAGAAUAAGGACCAUUUUGAAAGACCAAGGGAUUCAUGGACCACCCUCCAAUUUUUUGCUCGGAAACGUAAGAGAGAUCAAGAAGGCUCAGUCCAACUCGGCCAGUGAACUCACCCAGACUCACAAUCUCGCUUCUUUCAUCUUUCCAUUUUUUGAUGAGUGGAGAAACAAAUUUGGAGAUGUGUUCGUGUUUGCACUUGGUAACAUACAAAUAUUGUAUGUGAAUGAUAGUGAAGCCGUGAGAGAAUUAACAACAUGUACCUCUUUGGACUUGGGAAAGCCAAGUUAUCAACACAAGGAACGGGGCCCUUUACUUGGAAAAGGUAUUCUAACCUCAAACAACACCGUUUGGGCUCAUCAGAGGAAAAUCCUUGCUCCAGAAUUGUAUAUGGACAAAGUUAAGGGAAUGGUGAAUAUGAUUACAGAGUCAACAAACACAUUGAUUGACUCAUGGAAGAGUAGGAUUGAGAAAGAGAGUAGUGGAGGAAAGGUUGUGAACAUAAAAAUUGAUGAGGAUAUGAGGAAUUUUUCUGCAGAUGUUAUUUCAAAAGCUUGUUUUGGGAGCAAUUUCUCUAAAGGACAAGAGAUAUUCAUCAAGUUAAGAAAGCUCCAAGAAGUUAUGUCCAGAAAGUGUUUGGCUACAGGAAUUCCUGGUGCUAGGUAUGCACCUACUAAAAACAACAGAGAGGCUUGGGCACUAGAAAAAGAGGUGAAGGAUUUGAUUCUAAAAGUGGUGAAAAAGAGAAUGGAAGCUGCAUAUGAGAAGGAUCUACUUCAAAUGGUACUAGAGGGAGCUAAAGAGAGUGAUCUUAGUAAAGAAGCAACUGAUCAAUUCAUCGUGGAUAACUGCAAGAAUAUAUACUUGGCUGGCUAUGAGACAACUGCCGUAGCUGCCACGUGGUGUCUCAUGUUGUUGGCCAUGAAUCCUCAAUGGCAACAACGAGCUCGUUCUGAGGUACUCGACAUCUGCUGUGGCCAAGAUCCCAAUUUCGAUAUGCUCCGUAAAAUGAAACAGCUAACAAUGGUGAUUCAUGAGACAUUGAGACUGUACCCGCCUGUAUCAGUGGUGUCAAGAGAGGCUUUCAAGGACAUGAAAAUUGGUAACAUAUUUGUUCCUAAAGGUGUGAAUCUAUGGACUAUGGUUUUAACUAACCAUACAAACCCACAAAUAUGGGGACCCGAUUCUUUUGAGUUUAACCCGGAAAGAUUCUCGAAAGGAAUCAGAGAGGCUUGCAAACUUCCCCACCUUUACAUGCCAUUUGGAGUCGGACCCCGAAUUUGUCUGGGGCAAAACUUGGCCAUGGUUGAGCUCAAGAUUCUCUUAGCUCUCAUUCUAUCUAAGUUCUCCUUCACUCUUUCUCCUAAUUAUGUCCACAAACCAGCCAUAAAGUUAGUCAUUGAGCCGGAACAUGGUGUGGAACUCUUGGUCAAAGAGUUGUGAUUUAUUACCAUUUAAGGAAAUAUAUUUUGUAUAAUAACAUUACGAACAAUAUAAGACCUUGUAGUAGUGAUAGACAACACUUAAGCAUCUCUCCUUUAUGAAAUUCCAUUUUUAAGAUUAUCC